UUGCGGCUUCCGUGUAGGUCACAUGACCUUUUGGAUAAGGAAGCGCCAUCAGUAUGAGGAGCAGCAUGGAACUCUCGGUGGGCUCUGAUGACUCGCUCUCUCAGUUGUACAGGUGUUUCCUGACCGGAGCGAGUCCCAACCGGACGACCGUGGAGGCAGCGGAACUGAUUUUCACAGGGGUGUGCGGACGGGUGCCUGUCGAGGACAAGCAAGGUUGUCAUGACGACAGCGUGGAGCGAAGCUGCUUCCGCGUAAGUCUGUUUACAGUUACAGUACAGAAUAAAUAAAAUAGCCAAAAAAGGUAAGAAAACACGUCAAAGAAAGAGAGAGAGAAACAAGUUUAACAUUUCACAAAGAUGAUUUUUAUAUUCACUUAAAAACAUUUUGUUUGACAUUUGAAGAAUUAUUUGAAAUAAUAUAAAGUGAAAUUAAUGCUGUGAACGAAAUAUUUAGGAUGGUUUGUUCAGAUCAUUUUUUGUGUUAUCAGAGAGAUUAUUCCAACAGUGUUAAACAUAGAAAGACAAAGAAUCUGGUCCUUUGUGUUGAAGCCAUUAAUCAGCCUCAGUCUGGUGGAGAGGAUCGCCUGCAGUCUGACCUCCCAGAGCUUCAGUCCAGCUCUGACCUCAUACUCUGAGGAGGUGCUGAGGAGGCUGUUUGAAGACAUGGAUCUCAUGUCACAACUUGUGAGUUAACACUCUGCUCCGGCUCCAUUUAAUACAUUUAAUAAAUAAUAAUUCUGAAUGCCGUCAUGUGAAUUUCCCUUUGCUCCUCAGGUCCGUCAAUUCCAGUCUGAAGAUCAGAUCAUCUCACAUCUGGCUGCCAAGAGUGUGUCAAUGUGUGUCUUCUAUAUCCUUCAAUCAUCAGUGAGUUCAGUAGUUUAUAUUCUGGAAAAUACUUCUCAGCAUAAAUGCAGUCAUAUAUUAAGAUUGUCUUGACGUUCCCUUUACUUAAUAGAGCUGCACUUUUUUUUUUUUUUUUUUUACAAAUUUUUUCAAUUUCUUUUUUUUUUUUUUUUUGCAGUUAUUAAACUUAAAAGACUUGAUGCAACACUGCAGAAAAAUACAAAUUUCUGAUUUACAUUAAGUUCUCUGCUGAUGCCACAUAGUUGAUUUUGCUCCCUUUAGGUGACAGAUAGGCCAAAUUUGGCCCAGGCUUAGUUAUUUUAUAUUAAACCAAUUUAUCUAGUUCUUGAGAAAACAAAUAAUUGAAAUGAGUUGAUGCACAAAGAGCGUUGUCAUCUCUACUCCAUCCUGCGUUUUAAGCUGUCAUUUCUGUUUCUGGCUGCUGUGUGAGAAAAACUUAAGAGUUCGAAUGCUGUAAAGCCCAUUUUCCUAAGAGAGCAUGUAAGGUGAACUAAACAAUGUCAGUGAAAGCAUGGGAAGAAUUAGCCCUGAUGUUUUACUACAAAUUUGUAUGCAAACAAUAAAGGUGAACUUGAGAUUGAGACAGAGUGGUGAUCAGGGUUGAAUUACACCUACAAAUUGAACCAUUAAAUACUAAAGCCUGUCAUUUGAUUCUUCAGGGUACCAUCAGUCCAGCGUGGAGGCAGACGUGUGUGCAGGCCUUUCACAGCUCACUCCCUGGUGCUGAGCUGGAUGCCUGCCUGUGGUCACUGACCGAGGUAUCCAAAAAACUUCUGAAAGGAGCACAACCAGGUAAAAACAGUUUAAUCAGACUAUGAGCAGAACUUUCUGUUCACCAGCACAUAGAGCAUCAGUUGUUUCCCAGGACUGAUCCAAGACUGACAAAUUGGAAAGUGCAAAGACAACAUAAUGCAUACUGAUCCUCAGACUCUCAGAUAGCACUUGAUGAAAAACAGACAUGACUCUGCAGUGGAAAUCACUGUAUGGAUUCAAAAUCACACCCAAAAACCACUGACUGAUGUAAGAUGAACUGAGGUUGAGUGGUCCUGUGGUCUAACAAAUCAGAAGGAUUUGACAUGCUUCUUGGAGACCACACUGUCCACUGCAAGGGGAGCAAGGACCACCCAGUGUCCAGCUCUGUUUAGUAUCAACAUUUUCUUCAUACUUUAGGAGAUCUUAAUCUACCAUAUCAGCGAUUCACCAGUUAUAGACAAAAUGUGGAGAAAAUGUCUGAAGUAUCACCAUCUUUUGAAAAUUCUAUUCUAUGACUAAUUAAAACCUUCUUUUAUAGUAAAUUCCUGUAAUGUAACUUGGAUCCAGGGAUCUGCUUAGAUUAGAGUAAUACGGAUUAUCCUGAUCCUACUCAAAAGUUAUCAACAACACACCAAACCAAGACUAGAUCACCUGAUUUAAUACCGUUUUAUUAUUCCCCUGUCUUUUGAAAUACCUGUUUUAAAGAUUUCUGAGGGUUGCCUUUCAUCCAGCUGUUACCCAGUCAGAUUUUCCUGAACAGCUUGGCCCAGAAUAGAGGCACUAAGCUUCCCUUGCAGUGUAAUCUUGGUUGUGUUGUGUGCACUUUCUGCUUUUAAAAGGAUGUGUUUUCUUCCAUCAGAGAUUUUUGGGAAACUCCUUGCAGCUUUUGACUGGAGCCAGAGUAAUUUAUGUUCAAAGUUUCUCCCUGAGGACAGAGGGUCUUAUGGUUUGACCUGCAACAGACACUGGGGGACAACAUUCUGCCUACUACUGGACCUGCUGGAGGUGCUGACUGCAUCUACUUUGAUAUGUGGAUCUGCUGUGAAUCUGAGGAGUCAAAGAUUAACUCACAUCCACUCCUCAGCUCUUCUGGAAAUAAUCAGCGGCUCCUCAGAGUAUUUUGUAAGAAAGCGAGCUGUGUUGCUUUUGAAGAGGGCCGUGCUGCAGAAGGCUGGAGAGGACUGGGCUUCAGGAGAAGUGCUGCUCUCAGGGCUCAGACAUGAACACUUCAGCUCUGACAUGAACAGAGUAGCUCACAGUGUGCUGACUGCCAUGGCUGCUGAUUGGUUGGAGAUGGUUCAUGUUGAAUCUGCCUCUUUCUUUGGAGGAAUACGACCCAUCAGAAGUGAUGAGGACCAGAAACCAGAUUGUGUGAUGCUUAGAGGUGUCAGCCUGCUCAUCCUUAAGUCCACAGAGCUUCACAUCCAAUCAGCAGGUGAGAACACAGGAUGACUAAACACUGUGAGCCUGUUUGUACCGUGUUCGGCACUAACUUUAUCUAACAGAAUUCUGAUCACUCUAAAUCAGCAGGAGCUAUACCUGUAACAUAUGUUAUGGGAAACUGUGCUGAAACUCUCCCUGUGCUUCUUGUAUCCUCUCACAGCAGGUUGGUGCAGUGCAGUAGAGGUUUAUGGGUACCUGAAGAGUCUGUGGAGCUUCCUGAGGAGAUUCAGUGUUCAGCUGAGAGAAGUCACCCAUCACUGCUGCUGGGUCAGCCUGCUGUUUGCAGACCAGGACGAUGACAUGAUGGAGGCAGCUAAAGCUUCACUCUCUAUAUUCCUCUAUUAUAGGUAUACCAGGGUGGUUUGUAAAUGAAUAUGGUGUUGACCAUAUUGGAAACAUUAAUUUAGUGUAACUUUUGCUCAGCAUAGACACAGAAAAAGAAACAGGGCUGAAGCAGCCUUUUGGUGGCUACUUUGCACCUGCAUGUCGGUCAAAUCUGACAUGCCUCUAAUUGUGCAUAUCUAUGCACGUCUUACUGGUAAUUUCUCCAUAACGGGUGAAAAAAAAAAUUCACUCCCCAUUAAACUUGUACGAGGAAAGAUAUGACCUGUUGAGAACAUGUUUGAAUUUGCUGUAAAAAUGGACUUAGAUGUUUAUGGAGAUCUCUGUGCUUCUGCUUGUCUCUGUCUGCAGGGGGCGCUGUGGGUCGGAUGGUUCCGCUGAGCUGCAGGCAGCCUGUGUUUCAGGUAACAACCCUCACUGCAUCUUCCUGCUUCUGCUUCAGAACGUCUCCUUCGACCACAGCAUCCUCCUCGACUUCCUCAUCUCCACAGAAACCUGUUUUUUGGAGUACUUUGUGCGGUACCUAAAGUGCCUCACAGCUGACUGGCAGAGCUUUGCUGCAGAAUGUAGGAGGAUCAGUGAAUCAGACGGACAUCUUUCACUGCAGCAGUCUUCUUCUGCCCCCUGUGGUGGUGAUGUGUUUGAACUGAGCUCUAAAUGGGGGUCACCUACACCCUGUCUUGUACAGUACAGUAGCUCAGAUGAGUCAGAUCCAGAAGGCAUGGAAGUUUCUCAGGAUGAAUUGGGAAUAUCUAUUCAUGAGAAAAGUAGAUUUGGUGCCUUGGAUGUGAAACAGAAGAUGAGUGGACCAAGAGGACGGACACAUAAUGAGUCUUCACACUCACUGAAAAGAGGAGCAGGGGGCUCUUCAUCCCAGACUUCUCAAGGAGAGCACACAGGUCCAGUCCAGCCUCCUCUGUCAGGACAGUCAGCAUGUGAUAGAGCGGUCCUGUGUCUGUCUCAGCUCAGAGAGGUGGUGAGCAGGCUGCAGGCAAAAACACUCUUUCCGUACAACCCGUCCUCACUUUUAAGGCUUUUAGCACAAGUAGAGAAUUGUUCCAAGAAAAAUGAAUCAUAAAUCAUAUUUUAAUAAAUGACACAUAUUAUAAAUGUCUCUAAAUGUGUUUAUUCAGACCAAAAACGGGUAAUGUUUUUUCCAAGUGUCUGAGCCUGGAUCAUAUAAGUUAGAGCCACCACAAUAUCACGAUUAUUGUGGCCAAAAAAUACAUAAAAAUGAGUUUAUCGCAAUAUUAAUGGAAACUUUAAGACAAAAAACAACACUGCCAAACAAACAAAAAAAAUCACAUGUGAAGCAAUAUAUUCCUACAUAAACUAUAUUUUAACCAGGCUAGAUGGACUGGCAUGUCAAAGUCUGUAUCUAAUGAUGUCCAUAGAUAUAGCACUGAUCCCUCUUGUAUUAGCACAUUUCUUCAUCAGUCAGUUUCUGUUACUGAGUGUUACAGCAACUCAUAAAUCAUCAGAUCACACCACCCAUUGACCAUCACGUGUUGAAAAUCUACACCCCUGGGAGGGAUGGCUAGUUUUUCAGAUAUCUUUGUAUAGUUGUGAACCUCUGUUUUAUUUCAUACACCAGAGUAGCUCUAGUUCAUCUGUUUCUGUUGAGUCCCAGUGUCAGUGUAAAAAGUAAGUUAUGCUAAGACUUCACUCCACCUUAGUUUAUUCGUUCAGCUUCACUGGCAGAACAGAUCUGUUAAUAGAAGUAGAUAAUUGUCAGAUCACAGCUGAUGGGAGUCAUGAUAUCUUUACAGUGGAUUGUGUUCUGCCUGCUUUUGCUCUCCAUGUAUGUACUGUAUGUCUGCUGAUACCUGACUGGUCAAUGCUAUGUGAAUACAAAUAGACACAACCAGCCUGUUAGUUAACUCAAAAAUCAAAAAGCCAGAGGCUUGUGAUUCCACAACACUUAAGAGAAACGUGAAUUUAUCACACAACUCUGUGUUUUCAUCCAAUACGUGUUGAAGUGAAUCUGGAGCAGAUGAUAAAUAAAGAAAGAGAAAACAACAACAAAAAAAAGA